CAGCCGCUUGUGGUGAAUAUCUUCUCCAUCUCUCUACAUAUUAGCGCCUCUCGCGAGAUACAGCGGAACUCUUCAGUUGUCAGUGAAAUUUUCCAGGACAAAAACAAACACCAGAGCUCACGAAAUUACAGCUUUUCUCGGUGAAGAAAACGCCCCAAAAUCUUGCCACUGCUGUGAAAUGAUUUAUAGCAUCAAUUGAAGUGAUAGUCGUGGUGAUAAUGGCUAUUUUUGAGUGGCGCAAAUUCAAUUUCUUCGACCUGAAAAGCAAUGCCGACGCUGGAAACGUGUCGUCGGCACUGCUGGAUGCUGAGAUUUCGUGUGCCGCCAGUGGAAACAACCAAGUGAUUCUGUGUGACUCAGCGGGAAAUGUGCACAUCUUUGGUAGAACAUGGAGUGCAACGUCUUUCAGGGCUCACGAAGGUCCAGUUUUGCUCUGCAAAAUGGCCAAUUCCAGAUCCGUCGAUGCUUCGAGCAAUCUCCUCAUCACCGUCGGCACUGAUGACAGCGGCCAAGUGCCCGACCUGAAAGUGUGGAGCCUGAGCGGCGGAAAGCAGUCCAAGGGUGGCCUUCCGGCGUGCGUGCGCACCAUGAAGAUCGCCCUACAAAAGCCCACGGCGCUAGGUGUCUCCGAUGGCGGCCAGUACAUGGCAAUCGGCUUCGACAGGGGCAGCAUUUCGCUGUAUCGCGGCGACAUAGCCAGAGAUCGCAGCAAGACGAUGAAGAGUCUUUCGGGCGGCAGUGCGGCAAUCACGGGAAUCGCCUUCAGGACGGUGUCGAAGAUCGCCCAGAUGUUCAUCUGCUCGGAUUCUGGCGUGAUUCUGUACAAUCUCCACAGUCGCGAUAAGGAGAUCAAAGUCGUGCUGGACUCAAUGCCAGCGCCGAUCCGAUGCUGUGUCCUGCAAACUGGUCACAGUUCCGGCGAGGCGCACUUCAUGGUGGGAAAGGAUGAUGCUGUUUAUUGCUACACAUCUGAGGAUCGUGCCUCUUGCUAUGCUCUGGAUGGGCAAAAGUCUAUUCUUCAGUGGUUUAGAUCAAAUUUGCUGACAGUGUCGAAGCCCACAAAGAGUUCCAUGUCAUCACAGAAAGACUCUGUUCUCACUGUGAUUGAUAUUCAGAAUAAGUUCAUUGUCUUCACCACGACAAUUGAUGCCGUGGCGGCAAUUCUCGUGGAGUUUGGCACAUGUUAUGUGAUCACAAAAGCCAAAGAAGUGUUUCACUUGGACGAGAAGGAUUUGCAGAGUAAAUUGAAUUUGCUGUUCAAGAAGAAUCUCUACGACAUUGCCGUGCGCAUCGCGAAGAGCAAUCAGUAUGAUUCGGAGGGUUUGGCGGAGAUCUUUCGCCAAUAUGGUGAUCAUUUGUACGGCAAAGGUGACUAUCCGGGCUCUGUGGAGCAAUAUGUGAGAACAAUUGGCUAUCUGGAGCCGUCGUAUGUGAUAAGGAAGUUCCUAGAUUCGCGUCACAUUCACUGCCUCACGGAUUAUCUGCAGCAAUUGCACCAAUUGGGCCACGCGACGGCGGAUCACACGACAUUGCUGCUCAAUUGCUUCACGCGCCUCGAUCAGACGACGAACUUGAGGGAAUUCCUGAGCAAUGACGCCAAUCCGGAUUUGAUAUUUGAUCUGGAUGUGGCGAUAAAAGUCUGCCGUACAGCUUCGGUGGAGCACGCUUUGUCGCUGGCGAAGAGGAACAGGAAGCACGAUUUCGCCAUUAGUAUUCUCACGGAAGACAUGGAAGCCUUCACUGAAGCUCUGGAGUACAUUUCACACUUGUCUUUCGACGAUGCCGACAAGAGCCUGAAGAAGUACGGCUAUUUGCUGAUGGCACAGUGUCCGAUGGAGAUGACGGCGCUGCUGAAGAAGCUCUGCACGGAUUACAACAGUGUGCAGAACAGGAGAGAUGAUCAGCUGAUGGACAGUCAUUGGCAAAUCGACAGAGGCAGUCCUGAAGACUUUAUCCAUCUCUUUGGCCAAGACACGGCUCUGCUGGUGGAGUUUCUUGAGCAUCUCGUGGCGAAUGUGUCCAAUUGCAGCUGUCUGGUCUUCAACACACUCAUUGAGAGCUAUUUGACGAUGUGGCGCAGCAAUGCUGGCGCUGAGGCGCGUCUCAUGGAGAUCCUGCAGAAGUUUCAGGACUCCUAUGACAGAAAUCACAUCGUCAUCCUCUGUCGCUUGCAUGAAUUCUGGCCAGGUGUGAUGUUGAUCUACGAGGAGGAGCAGCUCUAUCACCUGAUUGUUAGGCAUCAUCUGAAGAAUCGCGACUACAACAGUCUUCUGGACACUUGUAGGCGUCUCGGCAGCCUCCAGUCAUCACUCUGGCUGCAGGCACUGACUGGUCUGCGCAGUGACAAGACAGCACCGUCCAAUCUCCUGUCGCAGAUCCUCCACGUGAUUGCGCAGGAGAAGCUGCAGUCACCACUGCAGGUGCUCAAUUGUCUGGCUGUGGAGAAUGGGCCGAAUCUGUCGUCUGUGCGGGAGUAUUUCAUGCAAGUGUUCCAGAAGGAGUGCGACAGCUUUCGCCAGGAGGAUCAGCUGGUGGAGAAGUACAGAAGGGAUUCUGUGGUGCUGAAGAAGCACAUCAAGAGCCUCCAAGAGGAUCCGAUAGAGUUUCGCGGCACAAUUUGCAACAAUUGCCAUCAACCAUUGAGCAUUCCAGCCAUUUACUUCCUCUGCCAGCACUCAUAUCAUCUCGACUGCGUCAAGGGUUAUUCAGAGAAUGACAAGGAUUGUCCGGCGUGUCACACGAAGAACAUGCAAAUUCUGGACUCACUCAAGGCACAGAGUGAAUCCCGUGGACAACAUGAUGCUUUCCACAAUCUCUUGGAUCGAUCGGCGGAACCGUUUUCCAUUGUGGCUGACUACUUUGGUCGCGGACUCUUCAAUAAGAUUGUCAUUGUUGAGGAAAACACGAAUGUUGAGGGCAACAAGGCAACAAUCAGAGGCUUUAGUGGAGCAGCAAAGCUGGCCGAAGCGAAGAUGAAGGCUUCUGCGGCGCCGGCGCCAAGCUACAGCUCUUACGGCACGGGCGCCGAGGCGCGGAUGCGCGUACAGGAAGUUCAGGCGUCAGGCAAAGUGGACAUUCCGGUGGCCGAGGGACGAAUGCGCGUGCAGGAGCGCCAGAAGCAUCGCGACAAUGUCUACUCGUCCAGCCUGGAGGCGAACAUGACGUGGGGCGGCAAGAAGGAUAGCGCCAGGACGCCGCCAGUGGGAAGUCCGCGGAGAACGGCCAAUACGAUCUCCAAAAAUUUGGCGCCAAACGCGAAGCCCAACAAUCCUUUCGAGGACGAAAUCCAGUACGACGACAGCAAGAAUCCCUUCGCCGACGAUGACGAUGAAGAUGAAGCGCCGGCGAUGGGAAAAGAGGCGUCAACGAAUCCCUUUGACGAUUACGACAGCAAUUUGAAUCCGUUUGAGUGA